UGGAUGCCGGUACUGGGGUACCACCCUUACCCAUGCUGGGGAUGCAGUGCCAGUCCCAGUAGAGUGGAGGAUGUCCUUGGAGGUCCCGAUAUGGGGCUGUGCUAGUGUGCAGGAGAUCGUGUUCAAGAACUUCUACACGGCGUUCCUGAGCGUGCGGGUGCAGCGGCCCGGCCCCGGCGGGUCCCGGCGCUGGAUGACGUGCCUGCGGGACCUGUGCCUGAUGCCUUGCCCGCACACCGAGGAGGGUUCCCAGGACUACUUCUGCCUCCACCGGCACCAGAUGCUGUGUGACCUGGACCAGGUGACAGCAAUGCGGUUCAUCCUGCGACAGCCCUCCCCAGUCUGGCUCCACUUCACCAUCGAGGACCUGCAGAUUUUCCCCCCUGGACAGAAGAGUCCUCAGAAGGAUUUUCCCUCCUGGCUCUCCCAGCUGACCCCUCCGGAGCAGCCAGCCAGCCUACAUGGGUCUGGGGACAGGAACAUCACCAAGGGAGAAGUGGGUGCACAGUGCCCCUCAGCCGACAGCAGUGGGAUGGAGACAGGAACAAGAGCAUCCCUGUGGGAGCAGUGGAUACACAGCAUGGUUCAUUGGCAGGAGCUCCCUGAUCCGGAGAAGGUGUCGACAGAGGUCCAGCAAAUGUGGGUGCUGACAGAGGUGAUCCGGGCUCGCCAGGCAGCUGCCCGCAUCGGGCGCUUCGACGUGGAUGGCUGCUACGAUGUCAACCUGCUUUCCUACACCUGAACCCGCUGGUGCUGGUGCCAGCUGGGGAGAAGUGUCCCUUCCAUGCUCCCGGGGCCUGGGUGGAUUCCUGCAUUCCCUCCUCGGCCAUUGACCCCGCGGGGGUCCCAAGCCCUCCCUGUGCCCCUUCCCUGACUCCCUCUGCACUGCCCCGCAGCAAGGGGCAGCGCUGUCCCUCCAGAGACCCUUGGGAGCCUCUCCUGGACACGUCCCGUGGGCAGAGCCCGGACACUGCAAGGGGGUGGUGGGGGGGGACCGAGGGG